AUGGCAGAUCUCGAAGACCUCAAUAAGCCCUUUGAUCCCUUUGCCGAAGUUGAAGAAGAACAGGCCGGCGCUGUCAAGCAGACCAACUAUCUCCAUCUUCGAAUUCAGCAACGUAACGGUCGUAAGACUCUUACCACACUUCAAGGUCUUCCUGCUGAGAUCGACACCAAAAAACUCCUCAAGGCUGUCAAAAAAGCAUUCGCCUGUAAUGGAACUGUUGUAGAAGACGAAGAGCAUGGAAACAUUAUCCAGAUGCAGGGUGAUCAACGUCUGAAGAUGGCAGAAUUCUUGAUCCAAGAAGGCAUUGCUGCAAAAGCAGAUAUCAAAGUCCACGGUUUCUAA